UCAGUUGGGGACGUUUAUGGUGGAUGCGCCGGGUAUAAAUUUGGGACUGCUUGGGACUACUAAUGGACUCUGGUGGUAGUUAGUUAGUGGGGAAUCCAAACCAAUUUAAUAUCAUUUGUUUUACGUACUUUCUGUACGACCUUUUCAAUUCGGGAUAAUCAACCCAUCCACCUCCCACUCAAAUGGUUAAAGUUGGAUGAUUCGUAUGUACAUAUAAAAAAAAAUUCCCGUCCGUUAGUCAAUUGGAAAUCAUGCAUAAAAUAUCUUGUGUGUACGUAUGUGCGUGUGGUUUUAGUGGUUUCGGUGUGUUGGUUGUGAUCGAUCCUCGAACGAAAGUGCCGUAUUGUAUAUAAUGGCCCUUUCCCACUCGCUCACUCACACCCCUUCACUUCUCUACACUCGUUCACUCUCAAUGCUUACUGCUUUCAGUUUGAGUCUUUCCCUUGGUCUCUCUCUACGUGUAUGAGUGUGUGUGUGCGUCUGUGUGUUUACGUAAUGCAAGAGAAGAGAGAGGAAUGAAUGUCGAUUAAUGCUCGUUUCGGCCGUCGUCGUCGGAGGCGGUUCUGACGGCGGCGGCGUCGGAGGCGUCCUCGAGCCCAGCCCGCCUCCAGCAAAGAAUUCGUCGUUUAGUCUGGACGCGGAAAGCACGCGCGACGCUUCCAACACACGCAGACGAAACGCGCUCCAACAUCUAUCUCUCUCUCUCUGAAACGCAACGGAAAAAAAGAAGAGAAAGUAAUUAAUAAUUUUUCAAUAAAUACAUAAAUUGCAAACUCUAAAUAAUAUCAUCGCAGAGAUGGCCAUGAUCUAAAGUAGCAAAACAAAAAUGAAACAUAUGUGAGUUUGGGCAAAAUUUCAAUGGAUUUGACCAGCUUAAACUUAAGAAAUAUUGAUAUGAGUAUUUAAUGGUGUAAAAGAGUGCUUCUGCUACUGCUGUCGAGGACAGUGAAUGCAAGUGCAAGUGCGAGCAGCGAGUAUGACGGAGGAGGAGGAUUCGGGACCGAGCGGUGCCGCCGUCCCUUCAGCCUCAGCCUCAGCCUCCAACGCCACCGCCGAAAGCGGCGGCGGCAAAGGUAAAGCUGAGCCCACCGGAGCAGACAGCCUCAGUUCGCAACGGGUAUUCAAGAAAUCGUCGCCCAACAGCAAACUGACACUAUAUUUGAGCAGCAGGGAUCUGGUCGUGUCGACCGGAAAGAUCGACAGGCUUCAGGGUGUUCUUUUGGUCGACCCCGAAUUCGUCGAGGACAGAAAAGUCUACGGUCAAAUCACAUUGACAUUCAGAUACGGACGUGAAGAUGAGGAGGUGAUGGGGCUGAAAUUCUGCAACGAAGCCGUGAUGUGUCUGGCCCAGCUUUACCCGCCCCCUUCCAACGUUCCCGAAGACGUAACACCUCUUCAGGAAGCGCUUAUCAAACGUCUCGGAUCGAACGCCUACCCGUUCAACAUGGAAAUAACGCCGCUGGCGCCGCCCAGCGUCCAACUGGUGCCGGCCAAGGAAUACAGCGGAGCGCCGAUUGGUACCAGCUACGAUGUCAGAGCCUACGUCGCGGAUCGAGCGGACGAGAAAUUCCAUCGAAAGACGACCGUGCGGAUGGGCAUAAGGGUGGUGCAGAGGGUGUUCGCGCCACCCUCGCCGUACGGUUACGACCCGAUGGCCUCGACGACCUCCGGUUCGGGAAAGACGACUCUCUUCGGAUGCAAGAGCGCCCCGUUGGAAACGACGCGCUUCUUCGCCCAACAACAGCAACCACAGAUGUCGAAAUCCGCGGAGGUCGGUAUCAACAACGACCUGAAGAAUACGACGACGACGACGACGAUAGAAGCUAACGAUAGCAAAUCGAAUAAAGUAACGUUCCAGGAAGAUAAAGGAGGUGGAGGUGGAGAAGAAAGGAUCGAUGAUGAUGAUGCUGAUGAUAUCAACCCCAUCGAACAGGUGAGGGCUUGCUGCGAGAAGAGGCACAGCGUGGCGGCUUUCCUCGCCGAGCUUCCCGCGCCCCGAGCUCUCGUCGAAAAGCAGUUUCUGUUGAGCGACGGCUGCAUUGAAUUGGAAGCGUCCCUCGACAAGGCCGUCUACCAUCACGGCGAAGAGAUCCAGGUGAUGGUGCACGUUCGCAACAGCAGCAACAAGACUGUCCGCAGAAUCAAGGUGUUCAUCGUGCAGCACGUGGACGUGUGCAUGUUCUCGAACGGAAAGUUCAAGAACGUCGUGUCGAUGAUCAACUCGAAGGACGACUGUCCUCUAUCCUCCGGUCGACUUCUCUCCAAGACGUACACGCUGCUGCCGGUGAAGAGCUCGACGAAGAACUGGAUUGCGCUCGAAGAUUCGUACACAAAGUCUGGAAGUAGUCUGGCCUCCUCGGUGACGGCGAGUACGGACAGUCCGGACGAGCGCAACGUCUUCGCCAUCUACGUCUCCUACUACGUCAAAGUGAAGCUGAUCUGCACGGUGAUGGGCGGAGAGGUGUCGCUCAAGCUUCCCUUCACCCUGAUGCACACCUGCAACGAUUUCGAUCCAGCGGCGACGCUCACCAGGAUCGUCGAGCCGACCUGCAGCAGAUCGGCGACGGUGCCCGAGGUGAAACAGGAGAAGGACGGCACGUGAAACGAGGACCCCAAAUUGGUAGUCGAGAUCAACAACAGUAGCAGGACCAACACCAACACCACCACCGCCACCGUCGACGCCUCCAAUCAUGAUGAUGCUGUCGCCUCCUCUACUGCUGCUGCCGCUGCUGCUGAUCAUGAUUACUGUAAAGAGCAACGUCACGCAAAGUCGGCAAAAGAUGACUUCGAUGAGAUCGUGACAGUGCGCAAACAAGAGGAGGAGCAACGCUCGGACCAAAUCAAGCAGGAGGCGAAGGAGGACAAAGGGUUCAGCAUACGAAGAGCCUGGUGUUGCCUGAAAUCACGUCGCACAUCAUAAUAUCAAUUAAAUCUGUACAUACAUGCACACAUACACACACACACACACUUGCACUACCUAGGGAAAGGCUAGAUAACUGCUUUGUACAGUAAACGACGCGCUUCUAUCUUUAAAUGACUAACGCUAAUUUCGAUGGUAUCACUCUAAACGCACCCAGUGUCUCUGAAAACUAUCCGCAAAAAUCCUCAGCCACCUCUGACUCCCAGCAGUAAUUAGUUUCACUUUUUUGCAAUUCAAGACGACGAAACGCGGAUGAGAAAUCCCCAAAAUCGCGACCAAAAUGAAUGAAGACGAUGAGUAGUAAUCCUCUCUGGUCAGAGGUGGCCGUACUAUUAUUACUUUAUAAUUACUAAACAAUAAGUUCCUAAAAUUUGCAGACUACAUCUUCGUAUGUAUUCAUGUGCUGCA